GGAGCGACUUCGGGUACGGCAUCCGGCCGGUGAUCGGCAUGCGCGGCCUCGCGUCGAGUACCCUGUCCGGGAUGGUCACCGUAGCCUACGAACCCUAUUCCAUGGAGGGUGACGGAUACCUGGUUGCAGCGCAGGACAACGCGGAAAAGCUGCGGGAAAAGCUGAAGAACGACCGGCGGCAGAAGGCGCAGGACCGGGCGCUGAAGGCCCAUCGGAAAAACUUGAUGCGGAAAGCCAAGAAGAAUUUAGCGAAGCUUAACAUGCUGGAAGAGCCGAAGGUUCCCGACGACGCGCCGCCCGAGGCGGCCGAGCAGCUAAAGAAGGCCUUCAACAUGCGGGUGGGCUUCGGGGCGCUGUCCAGUAGCAGCGAGGACGAAGACGACACAAAGUGGGUACAUGACGAAGACGAGCGCAAGCGUCGCAUCCAGGAAAUGAUACACCAGGGAAACCUGGCGGACAAGAAGGGGCUGAAGGUGAUGCUCAUGAUCUGCGAGGAGUUUGACAAGCGUCGGCGGCGCAAGGAGGAGAUGCUCCGCCGCAUCCGGGAGGACAUGAACACGGUGCGGAAGGACGUGGUAAAAAAAGACGCGGAGGAAGAAUUUUUGAAAGCAACUUUCAAGCCCAACCUGCAGCAGAGCGCGGACGUGUUGACGCGGCCUUUCACGGCGAUGGCGACUUUGAACACGAAGGAGGCGAGGUACGCGAAAGCGUGCAAGGAGAACAAAAUUCUUCCGAGGGGCCCAGAAGUCGACUACGACGGAUUCGCGUUCCUACAGGACAAGCAGCUGGUGAGUGCCGAGUUCGCGGACAACGAACACACGAACAAAUGGAAAACGCUGCGCAUCGGGGGGAGCGUGCACUGGGUAACGGUUUUGAACGUAUUGGCGUCCCGACCCUGGUCCAACCUCACGACGCUGGAGAUCUGGGGCAACUUGGAGGGCGACCGCACCUUCGGAGUGAUGGCCCUGCAGGCCUUGUUCCAGUCGGGGGGAAAGAACCUGCAACGGUACAAAAACGAACACAACACCUACGUGUUAUCGAGCGACGGUUCGAAAUUGCAUCCACCAGACCUCCGAAACAUGAUUCGGCACCAUGCUCCGGGCGACGACUUCAGUUUCUCCUGGAAGGGAAAGCUGGGGGACCAGAGUCGUGCAGGCGUGGACCGAAGUUUGUUACCGACGAACGUCGAGGAGUUUCCCGACAGCGCAGAUGCGCUGCACUUGUCGGGCGUGGUCAACAUGCCGCGCCGCGCCGCGGAUGCAUUUCAUGGCCCCAGCAUCGACAUUCCGAUGAUUGCGGGCGAUGCGAAGAGCACCUUAGCCUUGACUAAAACGCUCCCACUGUUGAACGCCAAGCGUUCCAGCGACAUGCACAUGCAGAACGAGAAACACGAAAGGCGUGUCACUAGUCUUGCCAGUCUCGUGGCGCAAAACCACACGGCAGUGCCAGGAGAAGGAAAUAUCAACACCGGGGACAUCACUACAUCAGCAGUUGGCAGUGCGCCACAUCAGCAAGUAAUGCUGUUCUAUCCAGAGACUAAGGCGUCCGGCUUGUCGACCCCCUCGCGGGGGUCGAGUAGCCCGAAGCAAAGCCCAACAUCGCCCUUGAGUCCGAAGGGCGUCGCCUUUCGUGGGCGCAACCCCACGUCCAGUAGCCGCGUGGGCAGCCAGAGCGGGUUUUUCAGCACAAGAAAUCCGCAGGGCCGACGAUCUUCGCUGCAAGAGAGCGGUAUUUUCUACUCGGGGGUCUCCAGCAUGGACGACUUCGACGAUGACGAUUUUGAAGCCAUCUUGGAGAAACAGAGCGAGGUGUUGCGCGGCACGUCGCGGCCGAGCUCGGCGCAACGCCGAAGCCGGCCGUCCACUGCAGGGAGUGUCAUGAUGAACAAGCGGUCGCCCACGAAAAGCAAAGUGAACGCAUCGGAGAAGCACGGUGGCGCAACAUUGCGCAGCUUCGGAUCCUUCAUGCGCAGUAUGAACAGCGCAGCAGAUCUGCUCGCUGAGGACGAGGGCGCGGACCUCGAGGCGCUCGCCAAGCAGAAGGCCGCGGAGAACAAUCUUGCGGAGUUGCCAAAUCACGUGCUGCACGACCUGCUCGAGCACCACCUCCACGAAAUCGGGGAGGUGGAGGACCGCGAGUCGCAGCUCUACCCGGUGACCGCGACGCAGUCGACCGCGCGGCUGGAGCUGCGGAAGUUCAUCACGGCGCAGCUGGACCUCAGUCGCGGCAUGGUGCCCUUUCCGGUGCACAUGCAGUGCCUGUCUCUGCGCGGGACGAAGCUGUUUGCCGUGCCGCACGAAAGUUUCUUCACAUCCGUGGAAAAGCUGCCCUUGCUCGAAGAGUUGGACCUCGCGGACACGUGUCUGGGCUACUUGCGCCACGCACACGAUGGCGCCGGCGUUACCGCCGUGGUGCGCGACAGUCUGAUGAAGCUCCGCAAGCUAGAUCUGUCGCAUAACUUGCUCCACGAAGACCUGUUCGACUUGGGCGACGCGUUGCGGCGAAACGAGUUCGAGAGCCUCAGGGAGUUGUCGCUGUCCCACGUUGAAUCCAUUGACAUCGACAACGUGGGGGUGCCGUUCGUGCUGGAAUGUCUGCGCGAGAACGAGCAGUUGGAAGUGUUGGACGUGUCGCACUGCAACUGCACCGCGAAAACGAUUUUCAUUUUGGAGCAGACGCUGCUCUCUACGAAAUCCUCGAUCAACACAGUGUACUGCCAGUUCAACCCCAUGGGCGUCGAGGGGAUUCAGAGUAUGAACCGGGCUUUGUGCUACGCAGAACCGAACAUCUACGAUCCGAAAACUGCGAAGUCGUACAAGCCAACAGUGCUGAAAGACAUAGCCAUCGACUACACCAACUUGCGCAUGACCCCGCGGGUCGCGACCGAGGGCGUCGAGCGGAGCACCUUCCGGUUGCCCUUGGACUCCCUGCGCAACACGGGUUUCACGUGCAUUUCGGAAGCCCCGAGCUACAACAACAGCGACCCGAGCCGGAGCCAGUACACGCUGCACCUGACCCGGUCGAGCUACGACAGGUGUUUGCUGCGGGCGCUGCUGUUUCGCGAGGCCUCGGGGUACAAACAGGGCCAGGUGACGUUUCUGCCCGGGGGGAACUGCCGUGAGUUCGGACAGAUUUUCAGCAAUUUCGGCAGCCUGCCCGCGGUGAAACCGCGAUUACUGUCCGGAUCGCAAACCGUGCUCCGACCCGUCUACUUGGACAACUUGCUCGAGUUCCACGAGGGGUUCUUCGAGCGUGUGCCGCAGCCCCCACCGCUGAAGCUAAAUUUGACGGACUCCCCGCGAAGCCAGAGUCCCAGAGGGGGGUCCAAGUCUCCCCGGUCCAAGAGCAAGGUGAAGUACACCGUGUGCAAGUUUGCGUACGCGGAGACGGAACAGAUGCUGGACGUGAACAACCCGAAGACCAAAAAGCCGCGACAGCAUCACGAGGUCCUGAAAUACUUUCUCGAGAAAAACAAAAUCUACGCGCCCCUGGUCAAGUUCGUGGCUGUGUCGCAGAUGCUGCGGAAGUUCGUGUAUCAAAUGUAAAAAUGUCUGGGUCUGGAAGAUUGCCAGGUUUGUCAUGCACAUUUUGCCUGACUCCUGAUGUCUGUGAUGCAUAACCUAGCAUCACAGAGUCUGUGAGGGAUUCCUGAUGCCUAUACCGCAUGACAAAUGCUCUGUCCGUGUGGCAAAACUUGGACUCUCUUUGCUGCUCAUGCAAUACAGAUUUUUUUAGAAUCCAAAAUCAGCAUGACAAGUUGGAUUUUUCCAGACCCAGACAUUUUUACAGUUGGUAUCGCGGACGCGCGACCCACCGAGCGGCAGAUGUUCUUGCAGUCACUGUCGAAGGAGUUCAUCUUUUCCAUCGCCCAGGUUCGCUACGUGAUUCAAAACUUUCCGCCCUGGGAGCGGUUCCAAGCGGUCCAGGAGCUGGCGGGAGCCGUGAAAAUGGACGAGACCAUGAACCAGAGCUUCAUUUCCUACACCCACGCGAAGCUGUACAACUUCAUCUCUGCUCCGGGACCUCGGCUGGCGCUGAAGGCGAAGUUCAUCACGUACGUGCGGUUCAACCCGAUGAACCCCUCGGGGCGGUACAUUCUGGAUCUGAACAAAAACGGCGACGUGCAGGUGUUCCAGCGGUUGGUUAUCCUGGCUGCGUGGGAGAAAAAGAUUCUGCAGUCCCACAACUGCCCGGAUUUCGCGCAGCACGGCGAUCUACAACUGAUGCGCAACGUGUUCGUGGACGGGCGGGAGCACUUUGUACUGGCCGGCGGGGGAAUUCUGAUGAACCGAAAAUCGAAGGAAAAGAUUUCGGUCGGGGCGCUGCUGGCCUCCGCGGGCGGCGGCAGCUCGGGAGGCGGCGCCUCAGGCGAGGAGGAGAAGGGACUUGAAUUAAAGCUUGACUACUACUCGCCACUGCACCCGCUGAAGAAGGACCGCACGAUCGUUCACAGCGCCGUCAUGGACUCGCUGUGCUACAUGCUGGAAACGGAAAAGCACCUGCCCAAGGUCAUUCCCAUGACUUCCAAGAAGCACCAUCACCAACACAGGCCAAAAAAACCGCACCUAUCCGUCGGGAGUGCGAAAUCCUCCAUGGCGAUGACGCAGGACGCUCUCAGCGAUGCCACGCCGACAAAAGCGGCUGCGAAGCAGGCCGGGUUUGCGAAAGCAAAGUCUCCAACUAGUAGCUCGACCCCGGGUGCUGGAACAAGUACUUCUAGCCCAGUGAGACCUGCACUGAAGAAAGCUGGCGGCGGGGAAAAAGCAGCAGAGACUCCGGCGACGCCGGAACAGCCUGCCAGUUCCACGGGGGUCCAGAAACGCGCCGCGUUUGCGAAGCUGCACGAUGACCACUACGGGCGAAACAACCGACAUCACGGAAAACACCAUCACAAAAAGCACGUCCACGUGGACAUCCCGGGCCUGGACGCGCCGCAGGAAGAGCACCCGCUGCGCGAGAUUCCCUUGGCGAGUCGGGCUCUCGCCCUGACGGCGAUUUCGGACCGGCUAAUCUUGAGCUACGAGGACUUCGUCCGGAUUCUGCUGGUCUUUCAAGAAGAACAGCCCAAGGACUGCUCCGCGCACUUCGGCGAGAACUUUGUGGAGGAGGAUUUGAUCACGCGGCUGACCGGCGGCUUCACCACCGCGGAAGACGGUAUCGCGCGGAUCCUGCAGGACCGCGUGGUGGCCCACGAUUUGACCAAGUACCACACCCGCGCGGACGUGUUCGUGCGGCUGUUCUCAAGGUGCACGGACCUGGAGCGCGUCACCUCGGUGGAAUGCCUCUACAGCAACCUGCUCUUCGACGUGUUCGCGAUGUACCAGGUGAGCUACCGGCUAGGCCGGCUGGUCUGCCACGACUGGAUCAACCUGGACAAUCGGUACGCAAAGUCCAAGAUCGAAAACCCAGCGGAGGUGGAGAAGCAAAACAAGAUUUUGAAUACGAAAGUGAUCUUCCGCCAGGACAAUUAUCAACAGGUCGUGGAGCGCAUCCAAUUCAUGAAGGACAAGGUGGACAUCUCCAAUUUCCAGUCGACCUUCCACCUCUUCGACCUCGAGGUGGAGGAGGACUGGCGGCUGGCGCUGGAAAUGUUUCGUCUGGGCGACGCUGAAACUACGAAGUACCAAACGGUGAUCCUGCAAGACAUGAAGUGGAGCGGCGGCAUCGACAAGGAAGAUGCCAUGUACAACCCGCCAAGGGGCUGGUACAUCCAAGGCCCUCCGAAAAAGGGAUGCGCCUCGCUGAAGUAUUUUAUCCCCUGGGGCGUAGUGAAACAUGUGGAAACGUACAAGAAGCGCCGCGGUGUCGGAAUGAAGCUCACGAACCGGGCACUCUAUAUGGACUUGACCGACGAAAAUUUGCCGCAGCCGCCCGGGCAAAGGGGCGGCGGAAGUCCGACCUAAUUUUAACGCCGGGAGUAGAGGAGACAAUGAGUGGUCACUGGUCUCGAUUUUUUUGUUUUUCAACAUCAAGAAAAUGAACAUAGCACAACUGCCUGUGACCGACUACUCUCCAGGACACUUUCGACGCUUUUCCGUUCUUCAAUGCUACACACAGACAGGUGUUUAUGAACUUGAGCUAGAGCUUCUUGUUCUUCCGCCAUCCUGCUUAAUGCAAUUUUUCACUUUUAGCUUUACUUUUAUCUAUCUUUAUGCUGAAUACCUUCGCAUGCGCAUGCGCAGUGUUAUACGUGUUUUAGUUUUAUGUAAAAAUCAUCCACCCGAAAUCGAAAAGUAGACUUACACUUUAGAUCAUCGAAUUAUCGACAUCAUCAACAGAGCUGCUUCUGCGGACAGGAGAUGAUCAUGAUGAAGCGGAAGCCCUGAUAUUUUUUUUCGUGUAGACAAGUAGCGUUGGACAUUCACAUUCAUUAAUGUGCUGCAUCUGUCGGAUGCUGUUGCACGACAAAGUACUAUGGAUUUUGACAACUACCGUUGUAGAAAAAUAAGUUUGGACUUUGGAGACCUGAAAAAAUAGAAAGAGAAGAGCAGUGAAUGUGAAAGCAAAGCUGCUCUUUAACAGGACAACACGGCUGGAAU